UGGCAGGGGUGCCUCUGAAUGGGCUUCAAGUUCAAUUACGGACGUGACGUGAGGUCCGCGAUGUGGGGUGACUAUUGGAAGCAGACAGGGUACAGAGGGGUCGCCGUGCGCACCAUCAGCGUCUGUGGUAAACUUAGUCUUUUGCAGCACAGACCUACAAAUUGAUUGCUGUCCAACAGACUGUCAGUCCAGUCUGAAAUCAGCUGUCCCUUCCUGUCAAAUGAAGGACGGCAAGGAGAAUUCUAACGCCUUUUCUGGGAGUUUCGCCUCAAAUCUGGAUCACAUAAAACCAUGCUGGUACUGGGACAAGAAGGAUCUGGCCCACACCCCGUCCCAGUCGGAUGGCCUGGACCUGGCCACAGAAGCCCGAUACAGACGAGAGGGAGCCAGGUUCAUCUUCGACGUUGGAACUCGUCUGGGACUACAUUAUGACACUUUAGCGACUGGGAUAACAUACUUUCAUCGUUUUUACAUGUUUCAUUCAUUCAAACAGUUCCCCAGAUAUGUGACCGGGGCUUGCUGCCUUUUCUUGGCUGGUAAAGUGGAAGAAACCCCUAAGAAGUGUAAAGACAUCAUUAAAACGGCUCGCAGUCUGCUCAACGACGUGCAGUUUGCCCAGUUUGGAGAUGAUCCAAAGGAAGAGGUCAUGGUCCUGGAAAGAAUUUUACUCCAGACAAUCAAGUUUGAUUUACAAGUGGAACACCCCUACCAGUUUCUUCUGCGUUACGCUAAACAGCUGAAAGGUGAUAAGAACAAAGUUCAGAAGCUGGUCCAGAUGGCGUGGACAUUUGUGAAUGACAGUCUCUGCACAAUGUUGUCUCUACAGUGGGAGCCAGAGAUCAUAGCAGUGGCAGUUAUGUACCUCGCCGGCAGACUGUGUAAAUUUGACAUCCAGGAGUGGACGUCUAAGCAGUCAUCUCGUCGCUGGUGGGAGCAGUUCGUACAAGAUGUGCCGGUAGAGCUGCUGGAGGACAUCUGCCAUCAGAUCCUAGACUUGUACUCUCAGGGUAAGCAGCCGAUACCCCAGCAACCUCAGAUGCAAGACAAAGAGAAACCACCACCACCUUCUGCAGCCCAGCCUGGUCAGUCAGGGGUACCGAACCCACCUGCUCUACUUCCUUCCAAGAAAAACUCUCCUCAGGCCAGCCCACCUGCCAAGAUUAAACGGCAACAUGUCUCACCUAAAGAUGAACCUAAAGCCCCAGCAGAGCAAGUUGGGUCUAAAAUACCACGUCUGGAGAGUCCUUUGCCCCCUCUGCCGGUCUCCCAACCCCCAGAUCGUAAGGCUCCGUCUGCUGUCCCAGUGACUCCUGCUGAAGCAGAGCCGGUCGCAUCAGCUGAACUGGACCCAGCACAGGGCCCAGCUCCACCUCUGCCACAGGGGGCCCCGCCCCCUCUACCUCACCGCCCUCCCCCCCCUCCCCCCUCCAGCUACAUCAUGGGAAUGUCCACGUCCAGUUCGUACAUGUCAGGGGAGGGAUUCCAGAGCUUGCAAUCCAUGAUGAAGACCGAAGGACCUUCCUACGCACCCAUGCCCCCUUCAUAUGGCCUACCUUAUCACCCACACGUCUAUCCAAACCCCCCACCUCCUGGCCCUCCGCCCCCAGCCACUUACCCCCCUCCAAAUCUGCCUCCACCCACUCCAUCUUACCCCCCGCCAGGCUACAACCCCAGCUACCCACCUCCACGCAUGCCACCAGGGCACACUGUGCCCCCUCCGGUAAUGGGGUAUCCCCUCCACCCGUUCCGUGGAUGAGAUGAGACAUGAUGGAAAGGUGGAGGAGAAAGUGUUUCAAUCCCAUGCAGUUCUUCUUUCAUUCAAAAACGCCAUCUUUUGAUUUAGGCCUCACAGUUUGUAUCAGGAUUACAUUUGUUCUGAUGCAGACAUCACAUCAGGGCACAGGUGUUGUAGCUGCCAAGGUGUUUUGUGGUUGAAUUGGUGUGUUAAGUCCAUGAAGCAUCAGGGUUUCAACGUUCUCCAGAUUUUCUUCUCCAGUAGUCUAAAUUAAAGGAAUAGUUCAUCCUAGCAUUCUUAUUAUUUACUCUUAAUGUUCCAAAUCUGUAUUCUGUUAUUUUUUUUUCUGUAAAACACUGCACAAGAUUUGGUAUCACGUGAGCGUGAGUAAAUAUUGACAGUUUUCAUUUUUGGGUGAACCUUUCCUUCAAAACCAAUUUCUCAAUUCACAUCAGCACUGACAUUCCAAACUCUGUCAGAAACUGAAUGAGAAACCUUGGUUUUAUAAAAAAUUUAUUUUGUAAUAUCCUUAGGGAAUUAUUUUUCUUCAAUGUAAAUUCUUCUCUUCCCCCUUGCUUUGCUUUGUUGCUGUGUUGCUAAAUUAAUGUGUUUCUGGAAGAAAUAUACCACAGAUUAUCCUUAGCAGUCUUUUUUAUUCAGUUUUGAUGGAUGUAAAGUCAAGUGAUUCCAUGAAUGGUCACAUAGUAUCAUAGUUUUUCCAUAUGUAUGCUGUGCCCAACCACCUUGUUCACUUGUUGAUUUUUUUUUGGCAGUUAAUAAAAAUAAUUUU